AUGGACAAUCACGAUCUCGAGAAAGGUCUGGGCGAGGAUUCCUCAACCUCAGCACAUGCUUCAACUCCUCAAGCACUAUCCGCUGAGGCACACCCUUCUACAUCUCGCAAUCCGCACUUCGGGUCAGAACUCGCGAUAUUCCAGGGUCUUGUCGGUAUACACUAUCUCAAGGAAGGCGGAGAACCCUGGACCGAUCGGCAUCAUGAAGCACCAGUCAACCCCCUUCUGGCAGUCUUCUUUCCUUCGAAGACCGCAAAGGCCAGACAACGCAACCGUGGCAUGUACAAGCGGGCUGUGACCCAAGACGCGAAGAAUCGAUCUAUGUACGCCAUCACACACUACAUCAUAUCCGGACUGUACAUCUUCCAGGUCCUGGUCGCAGCAACGCUCACUGCCUUGUCUGCCUACGGUAACACUUCCACGGUGAGUUUAACGGUACUCGGCGCCAUCAAUACCGCCAUCGCCGGCCUGCUAGCAUGGCUCACGGGCCAAGGCAUGCCAACACGAUAUCGUCGAGCACGAGAUCCGUAUCGUGAGGUCAUCAGGCAUAUCGAAGCCAUGGAGCGCCGGUUUGCCCAAAUCAACUACGUCAAUUGGCCUGAAGGCCGUCGACCUGACCCUGUGUUAGAACGAGACAAGAUUGCCAAGAUGUUUGAGGAUGCAAGAAAGGACCAAGAAGCCAACUACCCUGACACGACGCAGACGCCGUUGGCGGAUCAGAGGGAUGCGAAGAAUGACGAGCUUAAUGAUGAGUUGAUCAAGUGGAAGACGAAGAAGAAGGACCAGGAGAUGAAAUUUGCGCAGAUGAAGGCGGAUCUGGAAGAGGCGAAGGCGAGUAUGAGGGCUGGGUUCACGGGAGGAAAGGCGGUGAUGGAGGAGAUCAUAUCGUGA